AUGCAAGCAGCAUUAAAGCAGGUAUUAUAUGAACUAUCAAAAUGUAUUGAAAAUGGAGUGGCAAGAGAUAUAAUAGAUUUUAACAUAGGCAAUAUUAUAACAGUAACCCUCAACUCUAUUGACAAAAACAUACUCAUUUCUAAACUAAUAUUCACACUUGAUAUUGAUCUAUUGCAAAUGAAUGAAGUUAACACUAACUCUUCAAUGAUAAUCAAAAACUUUAAUGAGAUAGAAAAAAAUAUUUUUUUAAUAUUAUCAUCUUAUAUAGUUAGAGUAUUAAAAUUACUCGGGUAUAAAAAUAUUGAAAUAAUUAGACUUCCUUGUUAUAGUAAUGGAAUGAUAAUGACAGUAAGUGAUAUUUAUAUUGUAACAUAUAGAUUUAAAAGUUUUAUCUACAAUAUUUUUAGUAUAAAGUAUGUUGAAAAACAAAAGAUUACAGAAGAAGGUGAUAUAUUAGUAUUGAAGAAUGAAAAUCAGAUGUACCUGAAUAGUUUAAAUAGCAAGAUAUUUUAUAAAAAUAAGAAAAAACUAUAUCAUGAUAUGUUCUAUAUUUGUCCUAAUAGUAGAUGCCCUAAUAAAACAUGUAAGGUUUAUCUAAAUCAAAAAUAUUAUGAGUAUCUUAUUAAUGAGAAAUUUAUCGUUGAAUCUGAAUCAGAAAAAAGGAUUUGUAGGACUUGUAAGUCAACACUGGUAACAGUAAAUGAAAAUCUAAAGUUUAUUUAUACAUAUGCAAUGGUCUAUAAAAACCGCAUCUAUCUUGCAACAAGUAGUUAUAGAACACCAAUUACUAGUGACAUUUUAAUAGGUUAUUUUUAUAGAAGCAGUAGAGGUUAUAAGUCAUUUGAAAUACUUGAUUCCAUUAUAUUAGAUAAGAAUAUACAUAAACCAUAUGAAAUUAGAGACAAAACAUAG